AUGAAAGAUUGUAAAUGCGAUGGAUUGCAGUCGUUCAGUGUCAAAUGAAAUAAAUAUGUCACAUCAAGUCUAAUCAAAAUUAUCCGAGUGUUUUUAACUAUUUAUCUAAUUUUAUGCGCUUCUGUAAAAAUAAUGACUUCGCGUUUCUGUGAAUUAUGAAAUUUAUGAAGUGACAAAGAAAAAAUACAGUGUACUGAAUUGUGCCAGAAAAAGAAUGCUGUGAACAGUGAAAAUGAAGUGGUAUUUUGUGAAAUAUCUCGUUGAAAUAAAAAACAAAAGAUAAGUGCUAAACGGAUGGACGAUGGAUGAUGAAGAAGCGGACUUGCGUGAACAGAUAUUCCAUAAUAAUGUCAGGGAACAGAUAAUAUUCCUGUUACUGUUUAUCCUGCUUUACCUCUUCUCGUUUAUGCUCAUCGAGAAGUUCCGUCGCCGAGACCAUGAGGACUUCUUGUCAGCCGACGAGGAUGAGGUUAAAGUGUACCGCAUUAGUCUAUGGCUGUGCACGUUCGCACUGGCCGUUUCCCUGGGGUCGCUGCUUCUGCUGCCUGUGUCUAUAGUCAGCAAUGAGGUGCUCAUACUGUACCCUAAAAGUUAUUAUGUGAAAUGGCUGAACAGCUCUUUAAUACAGGGUCUAUGGAACCAUGUAUUCCUCUUCUCAAACCUCUCCCUCUUCGUAUUCCUACCCUUCGCCUACCUCUUCUCCGAGUCCUCUGGGUUCCCCGGCUACAGAGGGCUAAGAGGGCGCGUGUAUGAAACCUUUCUGGUGCUGGCGUUACUCGGGGUCGCCAUGCUGGGGUUAGCGUACGUCAUAUCUGCGUGGCUGGAGGGGGACCGAUCCAGUAUUGAUGCUUUGCUUAAUCUAUGGACUUAUCUACCAUUCUUGUACUCCUGCGUGUCUUUCGUCGGUGUUAUGAUGCUAUUGGUAUUCACCCCCCUCGGCUUCGUACAUCUAUUCGGCGUGGUCGGGGGAGUGCUGGUGAAGCCCCAGUUCCUCCAAGACCUCAAUGAGGAGUACUACGUAUACUCCUUCGAGGAGGAGACCGUCAGGCGGAGGAUGAACAACGCUGUUUCAUCAGGAAUCGGCUACAUAUCACCCGAGCCGAUGUAUCCAGACCGUGGCGACGUGUCAUCAUCAAGCAUCGACUCUGUGAAGAAGGACUCCCAAGACACCCCGCUGCUGCGGCUGAGAAACGGAGCCUUACAGGCUGGCCUCAACGAGAGGCUCAAGAAAAUCGUCGCUAUGAGAAAGGAAGUGGAGAACAAACGCAAGACGUCGUCGUUUCAACGCAAUGUCGUGUACCCACUGGCGAUGUUGCUGCUGCUGGCGCUGACGGCCAUCACCGUCCUCAUGGUCAUACAGAACACCCUCGAGCUGCUCAUCGGGAUCAAGGCGCUGCCGCUGAGUACACGGUUGGAACAAUUCACACUAGGCAUAGCCUCGCUAUCGAAGCUGGGCUGGGCGGGCGCGACGCUAGAAACGUUCCUCAUCCUCUACCUCUACGUGUCGUCCGUGACGGGGCUGAGUCUCGGCCUCCGCGCGCUGGGUGUGACGCCGCGAGCGCGACGCACGCCGCUGCCGCGGAUCAUCGCUCUGUGUGGGGUGUCGCUGGCCAUAUCUACUGCUAUGCCGCUGCUGGCUAAGAUACUAGGUAUAACAAACUUCGACUUGCUCGGCGAGUUCGGCCGCAUCGAGUGGCUCGGCAACUUCAAGCUGGUGAUGCUCUACAACGCGAUAUUCGCGGGCAUCGCGACCCUCUGCCUCGUGUCCAAGUUCACGGCCUCGGUCCGGCGAGAGCUCUACAACAGAUUCAAAUGGGUAGCUGAGUUAUUUACAAUUCCUGAAGAUGACCCGUCAAUAGAGUUGACUGCAAUGAAUCCGCGAGCAUCAGCAGAUUUGACUAUAACUGAGAAGAUUGAACCAGACAAGUCAGAAUGAUUGAACAAAUUCGGACAACAUUCUUAGAUCAAGAGUUGAACUUCUAAUAACUAUAAAUGUGUACAAAUGUUUCCUAACUGUGAUGCUAUUUGUAUUUGUAGAAAAAUAAGAUUUUAAUGAAAUAAAUUUUGAUAAGUUUUUAAAAGGU